CUGCGUUUUCUUUAUCCAUUCAACUUUGCAGCUGCAUCGUAAAUCAAAUGGGAACAUCAGCUGUUGCAGCCUGGGAAAAAGACAUCCACAGAAAGCGAAUGGAGAAGGACUUACUUGAGCUGCAUACUCUUAUUGAUGUCCACUUUGAACAGCGGAAGAAGGACGAGGAAGAACUCAUUGGCCUCAAGGACCGAAUUGAGCAUCGUCGGUCAGAGAGAGCUGAGAUCCAGAGAGUCAGAGCAGAGAAGGAGAAGGACAGACAGAACAGGAUUGCGGAGGAACGUCACAGAAAAGAGGAAGAGGAAGCCAAGAAGAAGGCUGAUGAUGACCUCAAGAAGAAGAAAGUGCUCUCUGGCAUGGGAGCCAACUUUGGAGGCUUCCUGGCCAAGGCCGAGUCGAGGAAGGGUAAACGUCUGACAGGAAAAGAGAUCAAGAGGAAGACUCUGGGCGAGAGACGGGAGCCGCUCAACAUCGACAACAUGAGGGAGGACGCACUCAAGCAACGGGCCCAGGAGAUGUGGAACUGGAUCUACCAGCUGGAGUCUGAGAAGUUUGACUUCAUAGAAUACAUGAAGCACCAGAAAUACGAGAUCAUCGUGCUGCUGAACAGAAUCCAACAUGCUCAGAAAUUUAAAAAGAUCCAUGGCAAAGGGAAGGUGGGUGGGCGCUGGAAGUAAAGGGCGGUAGAAAAAGAGAAAACUCAUUGGAAUCAAACAGUGGAGCCAGU